CGCAUGUGCAUUGGGUGGAUAUGGACGCUGCCUGACGGUUGUCACGAUGAGGUCAUGGUAAAUUUAUGCAAAUUACCCGAGCCGAAUUGUGGCGAGUGUUUUGACGUUUUGCCGAAUCGAGAGCGAGCAAAACCGAGAGUGAGGGGAGAAACAGGGAGAGUCUGUGUUUGUAGGCGAGCGGAUAGAACAAAGCCAGGCUCGCUCUGUGAACGUGUUCUGGAUUUCUCUGGAAAAUAUCCGUGGGGUGCCAGGGUCCACAGAAGUGAAAGAGACCCCCGCCUUCCCUGCCCACCGGCCACUCAAGUCUUCCCACAGCCACGAGGAUUCCGGAAACUCAAGGUCGGGACUGCCGCCAAGGUCAAGGUUGAAUGGAUCUCGUUCGGCAGACCUGCUAGAUGCUGCUGUCCCUGUGACAUCGGAGUCGGCCACCACACCCUCAGCAAAAGCCACAGUGGUGACAUCAUCGUCAGCGUCUACACCGUCCCCCGGUGCAGCGAGUCGCGCGGCCGCCCUCCAUGUAAAGUCCUCAUCCUCCCCGACACAUUCGGCUCGUGUCACUUCAGAAUCUGCCAAAGCAAAACCAGCGGGGGGUAAAGAGGUUCCCGCGGCGAGCUCACGUAAAAGUGAUGGCACUGCGGCUAACGAGAAAGUGCCCAAGAAAAGGGGAGGUAAGCUGUCCGUGAAGAUUGUCUCAACUUCCGGCAGUUCCAGCAAAGUUGUCUCCCCCUCCUCCUGUGAUUCCGGCCUCAAAGACAGCGUCCAGUCAGGGGUCAGUCCGGGGCUAGUCAAGGCCAGCGUCAAGCCGCGGGGCCGCCAGGUGAGCAUCCCGGACCGGGUGCCGGAGGUCAUCGGGACCGACGGAGGUCUGGACAACCUGGUGACCGACAGCUUGACCUCUGACCUCCCCGAGGACUCGGGGGACAUUUACCUGUCGCUGACCGACGAGGAGAAGCAGUUUGCUCUGCUGGCCCUGGGCAACACCGUGUGGAACUCUGACACCAGGAACCUACAGGUGUGUGUGGACAAGCGCGCGUGCCGAGAGUUUGAGGAGCUAGAGGUACAGAAGCUGUGGGCGCGAGACGGGUUUCCUGGGGGGCCCGACCGCCAGGCGGAGGCACACACGCGCCCGUUUGGCACCUUCCCACAGGGGGCGGGGGACAAGAGCAGCGGGGGGCGAGUGACCGUCGGUCAGAUAAAGUUUGACCAAACUUCACAGGAGUCUGGGGAGAAGGGAGGGGGGAUGAAGUCAUCGGAGUCGCGUGUGGCAGGGAGGAGGGAGGUCGGGGAGAGGAAGGGGCCGGGCGAACUCCCUCGUGGGAAGACUGCCGGUCAGUGCGGGCCAGACAGGAAGUCCAGCGGUCCGGCGAGUGGUCAAUCUGGCAGCUGGCUGCGCUACGGGGACAGUUCUAGCAGCGCCGACUCAGGGGUGGAGCUGGGUGGGGAACAGACGCAACAGCAACAGCAACAACAACAUAUGUCCUACAGCGUAGGUGACAUCACAGACUGCCUGUACCAGACCCCUGAGGACGCACAGACAGACGCACCGACCGUCGCACUGACGGGCAAACACGGUGACGACUCGAACCACGGACCCCCACCACAGGCCAAGUCAAGGUCAGGGUCAGCGGGCACGGGCUCGCGUAAGAUGUCAGGGUCGGGUGAGGAGAGCCAGGGGUCGGGGGUCGGGGUGGUGGCGGACAUGUCCCUUGACAGCGUGCAGGCCAUCGCACUACUCAAUGACGUGCUCAAGGACUACGCCGACCUCAACGAGUCCUCCACAGACGACCUUGACCCCUCUGACCCCAAGAAGGACGCAGCAAAAGGAAAAAAGUCCUCGGACUUUGAGGCCCGAAUGGCGUGUGUAGCGGCGACGCUUGACCUGACAAAACAGCGUGGCAAACGGCAGGCGCCCCGCCCCCCCCUCUCCCCUCCCCCCGAGCAACCGACAACAUCAGAUCUCCAAUCGUCCAGCGGAACAUAUCGAACAACACACGAGCUGAAAAUGCCACUGGUCUCCCCCAAGAAACAAGCCAAUCAGCCGGAACCUGUGUUCAAGAUGGUGCCAGUUGGCAAGUCCAUCGUGUCGGUGCCGGCCCUCACAGACCUGGCCAACAAGCCAUCGACGGCCCCGGCCGGCCUCGAGGACUUUGUGUUGGCCGACGGCCCGGAGUCGCCAGGACCGCGCGCUAACGGGGAGGGGGGCAAGGCCAAAAAGGGCAUCACUUCCUUCUUCAAGAGCUUCCUGCGCCGGGGCAAAGAGUCUUCGGAGAGUUUCGAGUCCCUGAACCCGGACAUACAACUGACGGCCAAGUCAGAGGUGAGGGAAGGCGGCGGGCCGCGCACCGACUCCCUGGAGGAGGACACAGACUCCUCAUCCGUCGACCACCGCGCCGCGCCCAAGUCUUCCCCACAGGCCAAGGUUCUCCUCAUCCCCGCCACGACCUCCAGUCCCGCCAAGGUCACCGAGGAUGUGUCCGCGGGGGGUGACAGCGCGCCCGACACGCCCCCGCCACAUCUGGGCAAAGUUUUUCCUGCGUCGGAGGCCGAGUCCAGUGUGGACAACUGUGGGGGAAAAUCUGGGCCUGGCACCGCGACCUCCAGCCCCGCCUCCCACAGGAAGUCCAGCAAAGGCCUGGCAAGCCCCAAGAUGAUUCUGCGACGCGCCACCGCCAAGUUUUCUCCCCCUGCCUCGCGGCACGCCGCGUCGAAGCACAGCGAGCCGCCAGAAGGCGCACCUAGUGGCAGCAACAAGCCGUUCACCGCCCCCAAACCCUCCCUCCCCCCACCGGACAGACCCGCCACCACCGCCACCACCGCGGCACCAUCGUCAGCUACAACAGCAUCGCUGAAGGAUGCCACAGCGACCAGUGUGGGACAGGAAGUGGCGGCUGUGGUGAGACGUCGGGCCAAGAGUCCCAAGAGAACUGCGCCACCUGUACCCCCGGGGAGAACGGGCGGGGGAGGUACACUGCCACGCCCAGACUCUCGCCGCUCUAUGCCAGUACCGCCCCCGUCUCCCCCCGGGGAGAGAAAGGAGAAAGAUCGCAGCGGCUCCCCGUCCUCCUCCCCCCCUGUGUCCCCGAUCCCGGAGACGGAGCACUCCCUCCCCUCCUCCCCCUCCUCCCCGUCUACCUUUGAGUUCCCCUCCCACGACUGGCCCGCGGGCUCCACGACCACGCUGGAUGAGGACCCGCCACGCCCCUCGGACCGGAUCGAGCUGCCCACCGUGGCCCACGCCACACGCAAGGGACUUCUGGGAAAACUGGCGCCCAACAGGAAGCAGCGAGCUCCGCAGCCACCCUCGGUGAAGCGCGCCAAGUCGAUCACAGAGUCGUCUACCCUGCCCCGCGGAGACAAGAAGAACAAGAAGAUCAACGUCUGCGAUAUAUCUGCCCCGGUGGUCAGUGUGUGUGUGUGGGGGUGUGUAACUCUAGCCUUGUCCUCUGGUUGUCCCCCCCCCCCAGUGCCCGGCCAGACUGCGGCGAGCGUGGCGACCAGCGACAAGGAAGGCUUCGACGAGUUUGACUUCCCGGUGUUGUCUCCCCUUGGCUCGCUGGAGAACCUGUACGAGGCCAUCCUGCCCAAGUCGAGCGAGGAGGAAGGUGGGCGGAGCUUCCACUACUACGACCCGCCCACUGGGCCCCGCCCUCUGUGCCCCAACGUGCCGGCCGACGGAUACCUGGAGCCCGUCACUCCCCUGUCUGUGGCCGCCGCAGCCACAGCAACCUCCACAGCAACAACCACAACAACAACAACGACGGCGUCUUUGACCAGCUCCAUGGUGUCUGCAGCCACGCCACCCACCACCUCCCUCCCCUCCUCCUCCUCCUCCUCCCUCCCCUCCUCCUCCUUCGCCGUGGGUCUGUCUUCCUCCCUCAAGUCCCCGGCCAGAACAAAGCCAGUGGGCGGGGCCAGCGGUGUAAGCCCCGCCUCCCAGGACUCAAGCUCCUCCCACAGUGGCCAGGCCACGUCGGGCAGCUCCAGCGAGGGAGAGAACUCUGGCGGGUCGCUCACGGACACAGCGCACGCACCGCUCGCCGCGGGUGCAAAGGUCAGCGUGGGGGGUGUGGCAGGCCAGGGGGCAAAGGUGAAGGCUGUGAGCUCGUCCAGCGGCGCGGGGGUGGGGGCGGAGUUUGUGGAGCCCGAGCUGACGGAACAGCGACGCCUCCUACUGGCCACGCAGCCCAUCUACGAGGAGAUCCCCAAUGGGGAGGGGGAGCUGGGGGUGGGGGGCAGCCCCCCGUCUCUGCCCCCGGCCGCACCGCUCAGUGAGAUGACCAAAGCCCAGAUGGCGCAUGCCUGGCUACAGCAGCCCCACAAUUCUCUGUGA